AUGGCCGACCUCCACUUGGCUCUAAAGGCACUCGCCCCGUGCAAUUUCUCCGACAUCCCGCAGCAACCGCAGGAGCUCGAUCAAUACCUGGCCGACCUCUUCGAACACGCGCAGUGUGUUGUCGAAUCUGUACCUAUUGCCGACCCCGAUCCUUCACUUCGUCGGAAUACUCCAGAAGGGACCGGCUUUGUCGCAAGCAGUGCUUCGGAGGUCAUCACCUCUUCUGUUAGAGGCCCUCCGCCGGCCCCCGAAUACGCAGCGCUUCAAAAGCAAUGGGGAAAACAGAUAAAGCUCGCCCCGAAAGAAAAUCCCCUGGGCAUAUCUGUCUAUAAACUUGGCGGUAAAGAUGGGAAAGGGGCCUGGUUUGCCCGGAGAAGUGUGCAUGAGGGGCUAGGAUUCAGUCGUUUCAAGCGGGCAUUUGAACGAGAAUUUCCCACCUCACUGGAUGUAAAAGGCCCGCCAGGUGAAGGGAACAUCAGAGGGAUCGGGGCGGAGAACAAGGUGGAAGAGAUUACCGUGCCAAACCGGGGGAAACUAGAGGUCUACCAACUCAGCGCCCAAUUCCCGGGUCCGACGACACCAAGGGAUUUUGUCACACUGCUUGUUACCUCCUCCAAAGCCAUCAAACUGCAUGGCGAGGCUCAGAAGGUUCCUGAACUGGCACCACGACAUUACAUGAUAGUUUCCAAACCUUGCAAUCACCCCAAGACGCAACCUCGAGAUGGAUUCAUCCGUGGUCAGUAUGAGUCCGUCGAAUUCAUUCGGGAGAUUCCUAGGAAGCUAAAGACCACAACUUCUUCCACGGACGUUUCGCGGCCCAGCCACGACCGAGCAUCAUCGCCAUCGGGACACUCGAUGGGUUCUGCCUCGCAUCAAGACGACCACCGACAUGACAAGAAACAUUUGAGAUUUCACGAUCAGGGCUCGGUCAACAGAGAAUUGUCUCCUGCAGGCAGGAAGAGAAGUGCCACUGUCGGUGUUCCAGGCAGCCCAAUCAAAGGCAAAGAUCAAGGUGAACACUACGAUCCCGAACAAAACCCCGUCGAAUGGAUCAUGGUCACCCGUAGUGACCCUGGUGGUAGUGUGCCACGAUUCAUGGUUGAAAGAGGUACUCCUGGAAGCAUCUGCGGGGACGCUGUGAAGUUCUUGGAUUGGGCUUGUCAGCGCGAGGAUGACGAAGAACCUCUGGAAAGGUCCGAAUCGAGACCGGCUGGCCAUCGGCGCGAAAGCUUUCCGAGCUGGGAAGCCAAUGGUACUCUUGCCGGGAUUAGGGAGAAUGAGGAGAACAUGUCGGCCGUUGCUCACGAUCAGUCGCUACCAUCAAACCCCAAAGCAACGUCAGAAGAGUCCAUCCCGUCCUCACAACAAUCAUCGAUGGCAUCACCUUCGCAUCUGCUGGAAACCGUCGCAGAAACUAUUGGCGCUUAUACUCCUCAGGUCAUCCGUGACCACCUCCCGAACGCAAUUCCGGCGGAUAGCUCUACAUCUGGACCAGAUCAACCCCAUAGGAAGUCCGGCGCUACAAGACAAGAUGUUUCACAGGGGGAUACCCUCGCCAGAGACAACGACGCAGCCUCUACUAUUUCGACCACAUCUUUCGCAUCUGCUGAUUCACAUAUCAGCUCCCAUAGAUCACGUUCGAUGUCCUCCAGAUCCUUGUCUGACCCAGCAGAAAGCCAACUUCUGCAGCAACAUGACAAGGAAAUCGCGAAACUUGCGGAACGCAAAGCUAGCCUCGAAGCGAAAUUGGCCGAGCAGAAGAAAAAGAUAACCGGUCAAGCCCACAAAGAGACAGAGAAAGAGCAACAAGCUUUGAAGAAAGCCGAGGAGAAGCAUGAACGCGAGGUCAAGAAACAAGAAGAGAAGUUUCGGAAAGAGCUCGCCAAGUUGGAGGCAAAGAAGAAAAAAGAAGCCAAGAAGCUGGAGGAAAAGAAGCGGAAACAAAUCGAAAAGGAUGAAAAGGUCCGUCUGACCCGCGAAAGAGACGAGGCCAAAGCGGAGCUUGAGCUGUUGAAGAAGGAGCAGGAGAUCUACAUCCGUCAGAUCGGCGAGCUACAGAAGGAGAACACCAUGCUGACAGCGCGGAUUGGCAAGCUUGAGGGUAGUAGGACAUCUAUUGACAGCCCUUCCGGUGGGAGCCAACGAGUGCGGGCGAUGACACUGGGACAGGAAACGCCGAGUCGGAGCUCGAGUCUUCUGGGUCGGAAAAAGAAGAGCAACAAUGACAAUGACAACCAUACCAACAAGGCAGAUCUGAGCAGCGAAGGUGGAUGA